CCGAUUCCUCUCCACAUUCCCCCACUGCCUUCCCCCUGUCUCCUCCUCCUCUUCCUCCUCCUCCUCCUCCUCCUCCUCUCCUUUCGGGUUUGAACACCCCCUGCCCCCCGCAGACCUGCCUCCCCUCCGCCGCUCGCACAGCUCUGCCCUGCCCUGCCCUGCCCGCCAGGCUCUCCGGACCGGCACCUCCGGACAGGUGAGACAGAGCACCCACGAUUAUGGAAGCUUCUUCCACCUUCUCUUCCUUCCUUUUCCUGUGCGUGCUGCUUCUUUCAGACAUCAGCCUUGCAAUCUCCCUGAACCCUGGCACAAAGCUCAAAAAUGCCCCAGGGAGCAACCACCACCUCCAAAACCAAGAGAUGUGGCUGCAGCAGCCCAGAACUGGGCGCCACCACAGGCAGGGCCUGGCCAAGAAGGAGAAGAUGCCUUCAAGAGGGCAGCUGGCUGGGGAGGAGAGCCUCAGGAUGGGCAGUGGAGCUUCAGCUGUGGAAGAGCUGGUGGCAGAGGGACAGCCAGCAGCCCUGAAGCAGAAUAAGGAUGUUUUCCUGGGGUUUGAAUCGUAUCCUGAGAGGGAAAACCAGUCGCCAGGCUCUGAGAAAGGAAAGAAGCAGAACCGAGAGCACCGUCGGCACAGCCGCAGGGACAGGCUCAAACACCACCGAGGGAAGACUCCUGGCGCUGGGCCAAGCUCCCUGUACAAGAAACCCAAAAGCUCUGAAGAACAGUUUCAAAAUCUUCAGGCAGAGGAAGCUCCAAGUCUGACUCCCAGCCCGCUGCUCACUGCUGCACUGGACACAGCUGUUUCCACAGAGGAGCCUCCUGUUCUUCCAGCCACCUCACCACGGUCACAGGCUCGCCUCAGGCAAGAUGGGGAUGUGAUGCCCACCUUGGAUAUGGCACUCUUUGACUGGACUGAUUAUGAGGAUCUCAAACCAGAAAUGUGGCCAUCUGCUAAAAAGAAAGAAAAACGCCGCAGUAAGAGCCCCAACAGUGGAAAUGAAACCACAACAGCUGAAGGAGAGCCAUGUGACCACCACCUUGACUGCCCCCCAGGCUCUUGCUGUGACCUACGUGAACACCUCUGCAAGCCACACAAUCGAGGCCUUAACAACAAGUGCUAUGAUGACUGUAUGUGCACUGAAGGGCUGCGCUGUUAUGCCAAAUUCCACCGGAACCGAAGAGUGACCCGGAGGAAGGGGCGCUGUGUGGAGCCCGACUCAGCCAACGGAGAGCAGGGAUCUUUCAUUAAUGUUUAGGAGGGUGGGACUCCUGCCUGGA